CCGCGCGGUGUGUUCGAAGGUACCUACGUAUACAGAGGAGAUUAUACUAUAGCUUUAUACCUCCGAGCUGUAAAGGUAAACCGAGUUUGGCUAUAGUAAGUGUUCUACCUGCCGCUGACAUUCUGUGGUGACGUCACAAAGAUAGUACACCAACACCAGCCACCUUUAUACCUCCCUGCGCACGAAACUCCACGACCGUCUGCUGCGUGACGUACUCCGGUUGGGGCACAACGCUUUGCUACACUCACCCACAAACAUUCGAACCGUGGACAGCCUCGACCUGAACGGUGACAUUACGCUCGAGUACUUCGCGAAACGCAUCACAAAAAAAAAACAAACAAACAAACAAACAAAACAAAAAAAAACGGACAACCGAUCGGAAUGGAAUAACGACACGGUGUCCAUCGCUCUCUUGGUCGCGGAAUCGAAUCUUAUCCGAGGCGGUAUUUGUACCGGACGGCGGGUGGAUCGUUUUCUUUUUUUUCUUUUUUCGAAUUUCAAAUUUCCAAAACAACCGCAUCGCCUCGAGUGGAGCAGAACAAAUGAGCAGGUGAAGGUACGAGCAAGUGUUACGAGGCCGCUCGGUGUUCGCGUUAGAAGAUGAGUUUAUUUUGUGCUAUAACUAACGAAGUGUAAGUGCCAUCGUGGAAUUGCACCCUAUUCAUAUCGGGGGUAAAAAGAUGGUGCAGGUAAAUGUGACGCGUAAUUCGUAAGAGGUGAAGGGCCAGUGUUCCGAAUAUAUCCGUUCUGCGAGGAUUGAAUGGAAAUUGGAAAGCACGCCGAGGUAUUUGAAUGAGUUCGAAUAUUAGUUUGGGGGAACCAGUUUAACGGACGCGAAGUCUGCUGCAGCUGUGGGCACGUGUCCGGCCAGUGCACAGUGGCAUUCGCCGCGUAUAUUAUCAACGGCCGCGGUAUUAAAUAAUUUUUCAUCGCCGAUGUUUUUGCUCGGUGCUUGAACAUCGCUCUGUGGUUUGCGUGACGUGACCAGUUAUUGUUUAUAAAUAUAAUUCUGUUGGUUGUAUUCGGGAUCCGGCGAGUGCGACAGUUUUGAUACAGUGACCCACUAUACUGAUCAGGUGUUGUGUUUGGUGACCGGUGAAGAUAUAAUGAAAAAGUAAUAUGAAUAUCCCCAUUGUAUCUGGAGACAUCGACGACGAUGGUUACAAGCCAAAGUUCAUCCGGGGCUCUGACCCGAGAGUGGCGACCUGCAGAGGGAAACUACAGAACAGGAGAAGCAAACUCAACCAGGAAAUCAACAAGGAGCUUCGGCUGCGAGCGGGCGCCGAGAAUCUUUUCAAGGCAACGACCAACAGAAAAUUGAAGGAGACGGUCGCCUUGGAGUUGAGUUUCGUCAACUCGAAUCUGCAGCUGUUGAAAGAACAGCUGGCUGAAUUGAACAGCUCGGUUGAACUUUAUCAGAAUGCCGACAGCGAGGAACCAGUAAUGCCCAUGAUACCGUUGGGCCUGAAGGAGACCAAAGAUAUUGACUUUCGAGAGCCAUUCAAAGAUUUCAUCCUCGAGCACUACAGCGAAGAUGGUGGACAUUACGAAGAAGCGAUCGCCGAUCUUAUGGACACGAGACAGGCCAUGAGAACGCCGACGCGCGAUACGUCUGGGAUCGCUCUGCUACUGCGAUAUUAUAAUCAACUUUACUUCAUCGAAAGAAGAUUUUUUCCGCCGGAUCGGAGCCUUGGUAUAUAUUUCGAAUGGUUCGAUUCGUUAACCGGAGUCCCGAGCUGCCAGAGGACGGUCGCCUUCGAAAAAGCAUCGGUUCUUUUCAACGCAGGAGCUCUUUACACCCAAUUGGGUGCUAGACAGGACAGAAAAACCGCCAGAGGACUCGAUCAAGCGGUCGAUUCUUUUCUAAGAGCUGCGGGUACCUUCCGAUACAUUCAUGAAAACUUUACAAACGCACCGAGCAUGGACUUGGGACCGGAAAUGCUGGAAAUGUUGGUGCAACUAAUGCUGGCUCAGGCGAGAGAAUGUCUUUUCGAAAAAUUAGAACUGCAAUCGAGAGACAGCAGGGAUAUCGACAUCUCAUUGGAUCUUGCUCAGGAGGCUGCACAGGUGGCAGCCGUCUACGCGGAUGUUCAUUCUCUGAUUUCACGCGAACCCGUGAGGGAUUACGUACCCGAAUCUUGGGUGUCGCUCGUCAUGGUGAAACGCGAACACCAUUUGGCAAUGGCUCAUAAACACUGCGCUGUCGGACUUUUGGAACGUCCCGUGGCCGAAAUGAGUGCGGAAAAUCGGCUAACUUUGGAGCACAUUCAGGAAAGUGACGGUAAAACUCAGAUAGACGCUACGGUGCCCAAGGACGACCAAGAACGCAAACUCUUAGGGCGAGCGCAUCUCAGAGAGGCUCAAAUUCUUCACGAAGAAAGUCAAAGGCUGCAACGAAUGUGUCGCGAGUUGAAGGGCAAACAGGCCCUGGCGAGGGUUUUGAAAAGAUCGCAGGACGCGACCUUGGAAGAUUAUAACCGCGUCGGUGACGAGGGUGACUUUCGGGAGCUGCUGGAUCCUCCCCAUAUUCUGGCUUCGACAAAGUUCCAGCUGAGUUUGACGCAUCCAGAUUUCGGUCAACACGGAGUCGAGGAUUUGUUCAGACCUCUUGGACCCGUUGCCAUUUUUUCAGCAAAAAGACACUGGACAGCACCGAGAUUGGUUCAGUUGCAAAGGGGUCCCGGGGGAGAAGGUUUCGGAUUUAGCGUCCGCGGAGAUGCUCCAGUUAUCGUCGCCGCUGUCGACCACAAUUCAUUGGCCGACUUAGGUGGAAUGAAGGAAGGUGAUUUCAUCGUGAAUAUCGGAGACAAGGACGUCAAAUGGGCGUCUCAUGAUCAAGUUGUACGUCUCAUCAAACAGUGUGGAGAUUCCAUCAGCUUGAAACUCGUUACCCCAAUGGAUAGAAAUUACUUAAAAAAACCGGUGAAAUCGAAUCAUCACGACAAGGGCAGUGUCUCAGCCAGCAGUUCUUCGGGUGUUUCAUCCGGCCAACCAAGUCCUGCUGGUUCGGUAACAACGGCCCAUGUUGCCAGGAGGCUACCUUGGAACCCAUUCAAGAAGUCGGGUAGUCAGCGCGACAGCAGGGACCUCACAUUCGAUAACGUAAUACUCAGAUGAUCUAACGCUUUUCGAAAAUAUUUAAAGAAUCGAUCCGAUCGGCUCGUAAAUACAAUUUCGCAAGGCAAGAUGGAGAAGUUUUUAUUACACAGUCAAGUCGGGUAAUUUUUUUUCGUUACACCAAAGUACAAGUUUUUUUGGAAUUGUAAAAGCGAAAUCAAUAUCAAGAUAGGAUCAUCUCGAUGAUAUUCCCGCGAGGAAAAUUUUGGUGCAAAUUCGUUGAAAAGGAAGAUGAAGUUUUUUUAUGGAAAUAAUAAAAUUGUAAAAAAUUAAUUUAAACGUAAGAAUCGUCAGAGAUGUUUGCGAAUCUCGAAAAGCUCAUUACGGAACAUACAAAUUUUUACCCAAUUAUUUAUACCUUAUACGAUGAUAAAUGAAUAUGUAUGUAACGUGUAUAUGUAUAUGGAUAAUGUAAUAUAGUAUUAAUGUCAAGUUUAUAUUUGCCAUAAAAGUCGCGUUUAAUUGAGGAUAUUUGAAACCCCCAGUUAUUGAAGAGACGUUAGUAUCGUGUUAUUCAACUCGUUGAUCGAAAUCUUGAACGCGUUCACACCUUUCUCGCGUUAAAUCGAGAUCAAAUAACCAAGGUUGUUGGACAUUAUUAAAUAACGGAAUCCAUCAUGAAGGGUUUUAAUAUUCGAACGAUCCACCCCACAUCGGCUACGUGGGAUUUCAUUUUCUACAAAUAUAUUUCGAAUGUCUUUAACCCCUAUUGUGAUGGCGUGUGAGGUUUGUUUUUCUUUUGGUUUUUUUUCUUGAUUAUAAUAAGCCAUUGGAUGAUAUCGAUAUCUGUUGUAAUUAUUCAUCUACCCAAAUUUCUCAUGCACGUGAUCGUAAGAAUCUCAGCUGCUAACGUCCCAUUCCAUAAUAUCAAAUAUUACACGAUGGAAAAUUGUAUAAUUCAGCUAUAGCCGUCUACAAGUUUAGUUCUUAAUGUAUAUAUUUGAAUAUAUUAUAAUUGUAACGAUAUACUGUCUAUAUUAAAUGUUAUAUUAAUUAUAAUUAUUUUCGAAAUACGCCGCGUGGCAACUGCAGGAUGGUCUGAGGACUUUGCGAUUAAAAUUAUUAUGUAUGUAUCUACGAUAAUAAAUUUUUCAGACUAUCCUGUACGAUAACAAUAAUUGAAACUUUUUUUGUUGUAUGCUGUUAUCAAUUGAACGACAAAGAUUAUAUUUCAAAGGCAUAACAUCAA